AUGGAGAGAAUUCAAAGUUUGAUCAAUAUUUGGUUUUGGUUUGGUAGUAGACAAGAACUUUUUGACGAUCUACAAAAAGUUGAAAAUAAAAAUUUAGAAUUACCGAUUCCAUUUCCGUACGUUUUUUUAAGUCCCGAAAUGGAAAACAAGAUGAAUACUGAAAAGAGAUAUGGUAAGGAUUUUUAUAGCGCAUUUGGUUUUUCAAAAGAAUUUAAAUCUGCAGUAAACUAUAUAAAAAAACAAAAUUUACUUAGUGUCGAUGAAAAUAAAACCUCUGAUGAAAAACCCUCAGAUGAAGAACUUUAUCCUUUAUCAGAAGACAUAAAAAAAAAAUAUGAAUCCUUACACGCACCAUUAUUUAAUUUUGAAAUGGACCAAGAGGUAAAAGAAUCUACUGGUGUGAUUAAAAAAGAUGAAGAAGAAAAGUCUAAAUUAGAAACCAGGUAUGACGAUGAUGAUGAAUUUUUAUGUGACACAAUGUCAGGAUAUUGGAGAUUACUUUCAGGUUUUGAUGAAUUUAAAAUUUCACCUCCUAAUUUUGAUGCAUAUGCUGAGGGUAAAAAACAUUGGUUGGAAACAAAACCUAUUCCACCUCAAGUAUUAGAUGAAUCAAUAAAUAAAUGUUUAAAUUGGAUGAAUAAAUAUUUCAAAGAUUAA